AUGAUUGCGCCAACAACUUCAUGGCUGACUCGACUGUUGAUCGAUGCUCAUCACCGCCGGACCUUGCACGGAGGGGUGCAGUUGACCCUAGGCUUGCUUCGACAGCGUUUCUGGAUACCCCGAGGACGUGCAGCGGUAAAACAGCGGCUUCAUCGCUGUGUCACGUGCACAAGGUGGCGAGCGACGACACCACAACCACCCAUGGGCAGUCUGCCACGCAGCAGGGUCACGCCAACGCGACCAUUCCUCCGCACUGGACUGGACUACGCGGGACCAAUCCUCAUUCGGACCAGCAAAGGUCGCGGCCACCGCGCCUACAAGGGCUACAUUGCACUCUUCAUCUGCUUCUGGUCGAAGGCCAUCCAUCUAGAGCUCGUAUCGGACUACUCGUCGGAAGCUUUUAUCGCCGCCCUUCGUCGAUUUGUCUCUCGACGAGGUCUCUGUGCCGACAUCUUCAGCGACUGCGGCACGACCUUCGUCGGAGCCGACCGCACCCUACGGGAACUCUUUAUUGCAGCGUCUUCGGAGGGUGAAGGAAUCGCACGCGCAGCCGCCAAGGAAGGCAUCCGCUGGCACUUCAAUCCGCCGGCGGCUCCGCAUUUCGGUGGAUUAUGGGAGGCUGCAGUCAAGUCAGCUAAGUACCAUCUGCGGAGGGUGAUAGGCGAAACCACCCUCACUUUCGAAGAACUGAGUACCCUCCUCACUCAAAUCGAGGCAUGCCUCAAUUCUCGACCAUUGCAGGCACUCUCGGACGAUCCAGACGAUGUUUCAGCACUAACUCCUGGACAUUUCCUGAUCGGGGCGCCCCUUCUCGCCAUCCCUGAGCCACCGCAGGGAGGCGAACAUGGAGACACGAGAUCGCGAUGGCAACACCUCCAGCAAAUGAGAGAGCACUUCUGGGGGAGGUGGUCGAAGGAAUAUAUCCACGGACUCAAUCCACGCACUAAGUGGCUCAAGGCCGAGGCCGCACCCCACGUCGGUGAUCUUUGCAUCCUGCGUUCGGAGCUCACCCCCCCGACCCGAUGGCCUCUCGCCCGGAUCACGAGGUUGCAUCCCGGGAACGACGGUAUCGUCCGCGUGGUGACAAUCCGCACCGCCACUUCUGAGCUUGUGCGCCCGCUCGUCAAGCUCGUCUUGCUGCCGCGCGCGGAUCCCCUUCCGAGCAUAAACAGCGCGGACGUGCCGGCCGUCAGCCCGUAA